GGCCUAGUUUUUUUUGUUUCUUGUUGCUGUAUUAUAUACUUGUGGGAGAUUAGAUGUGACAUCCUUAAAAAACAUCUAGAUGUGAAUUAGACAAACUGAUGUAUAUAUGCUUCCUUCCAAGGGCCAGCCACCCGCAUAAAUAUGAGUGAGAUCAUCCCUUGCUAUAUCGUCUCAUACACGCCAGCUUAAAUUCCCAUAUGCAUCUUGACAAACCUUUCUAGAUAGAUAGGCAGAUAGAACUGAGCCGUGACCUCACCAUUAAUUUGGCCCCUCUCUCUUUCUCCACACUACUGAUCACUGCGAUAUCACCACUGACCAGAUGGAGGCAGCGGCACCAAGGUCCUUGUCAACUAGCUACUAGAUCGUCCGAGGCACGGCCGGUCGUCCGUUGAUCUAUCUCCCAUGGAGGCGAGCAAGGGAGGCGAUGGGAGCUCGGGCGCCUCGGCGAGCAACGAUGACAGCACGGUGGAGGAGGAGGGAGCGAGCCGUCAAGAGCAGGAGGACGCCUGCAGGGGGAACUCUUUGUCGUCCUCGUCGGUGCGCCCCUACGUCCGCUCCAAGAACCCGCGCCUCCGCUGGACGCCGGAGCUCCACCACUGCUUCGUCCGCGCCAUUCACAGGCUCGGCGGCCAAGACCGUGCAACUCCGAAGCUCGUUCUUCAGUUGAUGAACGUCAGAGGGCUUAGCAUAGGCCAUGUCAAGAGCCACCUCCAGAUGUAUAGGAGUAAGAAGAUUGAUGACUCAGGCCAGGUCAUAGGUCAUCUCCCCUUGCCCCAUGCCUUCCAUCAUCGCCAGAGUGGCGCCGGCACCAUGUUGUCAAGGUUUGGUGCUGCUGCAUGGCCUCCAUGGAGAAGCUUCCAUGAACCAUAUUGGGCCCAUGGUCGCCCCUUUCUUGGAUCCAAGACCUACAACUCUUUGGAAGCUGAAGCCGAGGCGGCUUUCCUUCGGUCCCGAGCUCAACAUGUAGCUCGGGCUGCAUCUAGCAAUCCGGGAUUGAUGAUGCAGUCAGGCUGUCCAUCUCGGAACGAUCAUCAUACCAUGAACCACCAGCCUAAACGACUGCUGCAACUGACAGUGCGCAAUGACAACGAUACCCAUGUUCUUCUUGAUCUUGAUCUCGGUCUCUCGCUCGGUCUCCCCGUGCCGAUGAGGGAGGCGAAGCGGAGGAGAUCGGGCUGCGGCUGGGUGAAAGAAGGCCCUGAUGAGAAAGGAGCCGAUGAAGAACAAGUGGAUGAGACCAGCACUGCCACUAUGCUAUCUCUGUCCUUGUUCUCUCCUAGGGAUGCUCCUAGGAAGAUGAGUAGUACUAGUGCUAGUGAUCAUGCAGUAGAUGAGCAUGCUACAAGGAGGGCAAGUACUCUUGAUCUCACCAUAUGAUCUACACAAUGUGGUGAUAUCUCGUGGUACUUGUCCAUACAUACAUAUGUUAUAUAUUAUGUAGAGCGAACAUAUAUACCUAUGUUUUACCAUACAUAUUAUGUUAUCUUCUAAUUAAUGUUUGUUGGUUUA